AUGGCGAAAGUGAGUCCGUUUCUUUUUCCUUCUUUUUUUUUCACGUUGGAGGCGAUUUCUCUCAAAUGAAAGUCGCCCUUAGGCUAGGUGUGAUACAAUUCUUAGACCAAUAGAACCGAUUUCCCCACAGCAAUAGUUAAAGAAUCAUAAUUUUAAAUGUUUACUUUUUUUUCUCUUGAAAAUUCAUUUUUCGAGUUUUAACCUGAAUCAUUCAAUAGCUUUUCAUUAUUGUCAUCGGAAAAUAAUCUAACACAAGGGUUUGGUUUUAUUACAAAAAGCUGAUAGGUAUUCACAAGAUUUUUAGUGAACUCGGAAAGCAGUUUGAUACUGCUGUCUAGGUAUUAUUUAAAAAUCAAAGUAAAGUCCUGCAAAAUUUUUUAAUCAAAUCUAAAUUUUGUGAGGGAUUUCUGAAAAAAACCCCUCAGCAUCUCUUGAACUUUUUCGGCUGACUAGUGUAAUGGAUUCUUUCAAGUUUUGAUGGUUCUUCGAAGUUUGUUUUUUUUUAAGGGGGGUCCCCCUGCCUUUCUCAAUAACUCUUCGAAUACCUCAUCGGCUCUACUGUACUUUUGCAGGUUCUCCUGCUGACCCUGUUCGCGACCAACGCCUUGGCCUGCCUCCCAGGCUUCGGCGGCGGCGGCGGCGGCUGCUGUCCUCCCGCUCAGCCGUCCUGCGGCAACCCCUGCGGCGGUGGCGCCGGGUAAUUCAAUAUUGCCUAAAUAUGUCACUAAUUGUUUACAGAAGAGAGAAAAAGACUUAGGGGGAGAAGGAGGGGAAUAGAGUUGAUUUCGAAAGACGAGGGAUGCAACCGUAUUGUUUUCAAUAAUAAAUUAGCUUAUAAGUCAGCCUCCAGUCAGUUAACCGAUUUUCAUCGCUUUCAAAAAAAAAUCUAUCCGAUAUUUAUGUCCUUUUGAAAUUAAUGAAGCCUUUUUACCACGAAGUUUCGAAAUUUAUCUCCCUCGCCUUGGAGACGUACUUGUUAAUCAACAUGGAAUAUUUACAAUUAUUUUUUGGUUUGAUAUGAGAAACCUAUUAAUUGAAGAAAAAAACAACAGUGAUCCGAAAAAAAUUUCUCAUUCUGAGAUUGAUUUUUUUCGAGUUCGAAAAUGUUCAAUAAUCCAUUUAUUGAAUUUAUUUAUUUAAAUAAGUUGGAACUAAUUCACAACUCUUGCUUGAAAUUCAACAUAAGGAAGAAAAAAAACUCCCCCGUUUCUUUCCAUUUUCUCGAUUCCCAAUAAUUAUGUUCAAUAAAUCCGAAAAGAAAGCUCAAAUUAUCCUUUUUUUCCCUCUCCCAAGUCGGAGACCAGUUUGCAGAAUUGUAUAGGGUAAUGUAGAUAUUUUGCUUUUUGCAGUAAAUUUUAGAAAAUCAAGUUAUUUUUUGGAUUUUUUUGAUAUUAUGCAUAACUUUAAACUUCCUUGAAUUUGAACGGCAGUGUUAUUGAUGUUAUGAAAAAGUGUGCCGGAACCAGAAACCCAUUUUUUUUGUCGUGAUAAGAUGAUUGCGCAAUGUCUGGUCAGAUGAAGAAACAGGUAUCAGUAAUUGAAUGACGAAAUUUUCGCACUUAAAACCUGUUUUACGCUUGAGUGAUCGAAAAGAUCAGAGAUGGCUUUUAAAAGGAAAAUCGAAUGAAAGAAGUUUAAAAAAGGCUUUUCAUUUUCUCAAGGUAGAACCUGAAAAUUGGAGUCAACUGAAUUUGGUUAUUUUUCAGAAAACGGCUUUGGCAUCUUCAACUUAGCUCAAAAAGUUUUUGACAAGUUCAAAAAAUUUUUGGAAAAUUCGUAGAGAGAAGAAAGUCAAGUUAGCUUCUUCUAUUUUGGUUCGUUACUUGAAAUUUCAAAAAGUCCGAUGAAUCAAUCUGAUUUUUCUUCCUUAUCUCGGUCGGCCUAGGAAAAGCUUAAUGGCUCACGGUUCUAUUGUUCUGAAAUGCCUAUCCACUUCAAAGCGCAAUAAAAACUUUUAGCCUCAAAAACUCGUUCCAAGUGAAACUGAAAACUGUCGACAAAAAACGCGUUUCUUCAUUUGGCCGCAAAAAUUGAUAAAGAUCAGUAUUGCGCGGUUUUACGCAAGGUGUUGUCUUGAAGAACCUGUUCACUCCUAGCCACCAGUAUGACGCAACCACAAAAUGGCCGAAAAAAGAGGAAAAAACUUGCAGCUACGCCGCGCCGGCAGCCGCCUACCCAAGGGCACCUGUUGGUUACGCUGCUCCUCCUCCACCACCGCCGCCAGCCUUCCCACAAGGUGGAUACGCCGCUCCAGCUGCUCAAGGAGGCUUUGCCGACGCCGGUCUUGGAGGCGGUCUUUCUCAAGGUGGAUACGCUAGCGCUGGUCAAGCCGGUGGAUAUGCGGGAGCUGGUCCAGUAGGAGGAAGCUUUGCUGGAGCUGGUCCAGUUGGAGGAAGUUACGCCGGAGCUGGACAAGCUGUCAACGAAGGAAGCUACGCUGGAGCCAACCAAGCUGUAAAUGGAGGAGGAAGCUACGCUGGAGCUGGACCAGUCGAAGGAAGUUACGCUGGAGCUGGACAAGCCGUCAACGGAGGCAGCUAUGCCGGAGCCAACCAAGCCAUUAACGAAGGAAGUUACGCCGGAGCAAACCAAGCUGUCAGCGGAGGAAAUUACGCUGGAGCUUCUGCUCAAGGACAAGGCUAUGCUGGAGCUCCAGUCCAAGUGAACCCAGUCCAAGGAUACUCGAACAAUGGUCAGCCUGGUUAUGCUGGCGCUGGAGCUCCAGUUCAGGUGAACCCGGUUCAAGGUUACUCGAACAAUGCUCAGCCCGGCUACGCUGGCGCUGGAGGCAGCUACUCCCAGGGAUCGCAGUCCGUUGUCACUGGACAACAGUCCUACAACAAUCAAGGAGGGAACAUCGCUGCGCCGUCUGGUGCCACCUACAGCCAAGGAGAAAUCUCGACUGGAUCCGUCCACGAAGAGGUGAAGACAGAGACGGAUGCUGGAACGUCGGCUGGAAACUCUGCCGGUGGAUACGGAGCUGAAGCGACAAACGAAGAGAACAAUGCUGCCGCCGGCGGUCAAGAAUCUUCUUACGGAGAGGAGAAGGGAGCCGAGACUGAGAACAAGGCUGAAGAUCACUUCGAGGAGUCUGAAACUGAAAACGUCACCGAGGCUGGAGCAACGCACGAGAAGAACGAGGAGUCUGAGACCGAGUCAGAAGCCGGAAACGAGACUGAGACUGAAGCCGCCCCAGCUCCGGCUUCUGAGACUAAAUACGAAGAGACUAAGGAAGAGGAAGCCACCACCGCUGCUGCGCCAACUGAGGUCGAGUACGCCAUCACUCAGGCUCCAGCUCCAGCCCCGGCUCCAGCUCCAGCUCCAGCCCCGGCUCCAGCCCCGGCUCCAGCUCCAGCUCCAGCUCCUGUUGAGACGGUCCAGGAGGUCACUGAGGAAAGCGAAGAAGACAACACUGCUCCAGCGCCUGCUCCAGUUCCGGCUCCAGCCUACAAGGUUAGAAAUUUGUUGGCGACUUCGAAAAUAAACGAGACAAAUUUAGGAAACCAAGCCAGGAUACGAACAGACUGCUCCUGCAGCUGCCACCAAGGAGGAGACGUACGAUGACAACGAGCCCGCCGGCGAAAACUACGAACAGGUUAAACCUUCAAAACCUUGACAAAGAAAAGACGUGUCGGAAGCAAUCUCGUGCUCGGUUAUUUCUUUUUGAUGAAACAAAAUAUAAAAAGAUAAUGAUUCGCAAGAGAAACAUGAGCUUUUGUAGCCAUAUAUUCUUGUAAAAAUGUUUUUUAAAGGGCACAAAACUUGACUUUUAGUUUCGUAGACCAGAUAAUCAAAAGGUUGUCCGGCCUCAUUCUUGUCUUCUGCAGGUCGAAGCCACGACGAAAGCCGCGGACGGAUACCGACGAGUCUAA